AUGCAGAUUAAGGAAUUGGAGAAAAUCGAGGCUUCCAGCGCCAAGAAUCAGGAAAUUACGGCGAGGACAGGGAAAUCGGAGGCGUCGGUGGAAAAUUGCGCCGCAAAAGCUUCCAAUUUGAGCUCCGUCAUUGAUGUUUCUGGAAAAGUUCUCGAUUUUCCGCUUGUUAGUGGCGACGAAAGCACAGUGAAUGAGCUUUUUAUGUACAAGAAUGAGUUGAAUUUGCUUCCCAGAGAUGUUGGGAGGUUUAGGUUUAAAACUCUCAAGUUUUUCGCGAAUGAAUUGAACUUGUUUCCUGAGGAGUUCAGGAAUCUGGUUGAGCUUCAAUGCUUGCAAGUGAAGGUGACGGAGCCGGGAGUUAGUGGGUUGGAGUUAAGUGAACUGGGGAAUUUGAAAGAGCUGGAACUCAGUAGAGUGCCCCCAAGGCCUUCUGCUUUCCCCAUUUUGCGUGAGAUUGCCGGGCUUAAGCACUUGACGAAGCUCUCCGUAUGUCAUUUCUCCAUAAGAUAUCUACCUCCAGAAAUAGGCUGCCUCAGUAAUUUAGAGGACUUGGAUCUUUCAUUUAACAAAAUGAGGAAUUUACCAGUUGAGAUUACUUUGUUGAACUCAUUGGUGUCUUUGAAAGUGACGAACAAUAAAUUGGUUGAGCUGCCUUUGGGAUUUUCCCAUCUUCAAAGUCUGGAGAGCCUGGACUUAUCAAGUAACCGGUUAACUUCCAUAGAGUGUUUAGAACUUGAAUCAAUGCAUAAUCUUCAAUCUCUGAAUCUUCAGCAUAAUCAACUUGGUGAUUGUUGGGUACCGUCAUGGAUAUGUUGCAAUUUGGAGGGAAAUAACGGGGAUCUAGAUGAAUCUGCUGCAAUGGAUGUGUAUGAAGGCUCUACUGAAGUGCAAUCCAUUCAUUUGAGUGGAUUCUCUCCUAAUCAUCGAAGUUUAUCUGCCCGAAAGAGUAAAGGAUGGAAACGCCGAUAUAAUUUGAAAACAAAAGCUCGUCAGGAGCGAUUGAAUAACUGCAGGAAGUGGAAGGGAGAUGUUACAAGCCGAUGCACUUUGGAAAAAUGCAUCACUUGCAGAGUGGUUGAGCAUAGUGAUGCUACCCCGUCAGAAGGUUUAUCUACUGUUGAGGAUGCAGAGAUGGAUCAGAAAGAUAUAUUUCCUGCAGGGGAUACACAUGAGUCAACAUCCAAUGGAAUGAAUAAGCUCACAACAGAUGGAAGGUCUAUGGAUGGCUGCUCAUGUUCAGCAACUGAUUCUGUCAGCUCUCAGUCUAGUGCAGUUUUGGGUUCUGUUUCUGAUGCUGUGGAGGUGCAUGAUGAAGUUUCAUCUUCUGAAACAUCUAAUUGUGCACUGAAGUACAAAAGGCAUUCGGAUAACGAUCUCGAUAAUCCCAAGCCCCCCAAACACAGAAAACCAACCAGUGACCCCUAUUAUUUGUCAUGCCAAUACAGUAAAACAUCAUUUUGUGCGGCUGGAGAUCGUCUACCUGAUGGCUUUUAUGAUGCUGGGCGAGGUCGGCCAUUUAUGCCACUGCCAAGUUAUGAGAAAAGUACUCAUGUUAACUCACGAGAAGUGAUUCUUCUUGACCGGGAAAGGGAUGAGGAAUUAGAUGCCGUUCUUUUGCGUGCUCAAGCCUGGGUUUGUCGAUUUAGAAAUAUAACUAUAAACGAGCAAAGAGAUUUAGCAUCUGAUACUUUUCAGACUGCAUCACUGCUUGCUCUUUUUGUGUCAGAUCAUUUUGGCGGAAGUGAUAAAAGCGCUAUUGUCCAAAGGGCACGUAAAUCUGCUUCCGGUGCAAACCAUGGUAAACCAUUUGUGUGUACUUGUGCAGCUGGGAUGAUUUUUGACACUAAUAAAGCCAACAAGCAAAGGAUGGACAGUGUAGAAGAAUCUGUUUCCCUUGAUAUCUGUGAGAAAUCUCUUCACUCAAUAAAGGAAGGACGUGGUUCCAUUAUAGUUCCUAUUGGUGGUCUGCAGUUUGGUGUUUGCAGGCAUAGAGCCUUGCUGAUGAAGUAUUUAUGUGAUCGCAUGGAGCCUCGAAUCCCUUGUGAACUAGUGAGGGGUUACUUGGACUUUUCGCCGCAUGCCUGGAAUGUAGUCAUUAUCAAGAAAGGAGAGUCAUUGGUCCGCAUGAUAGUUGAUGCAUGCCAUCCUCUUGACAUCAGGGAAGAAUGUGACCCUGAAUAUUUUUGCAGGUUAGCAUUUUUUAGGUAUAUACCCUUGAGUCGGGUCAAUGCUGUGGUUGACCAAGAUUUCAAUUCUAACUGUCCAUUCCCUUCUCUAUCUAUGUGUGAUGAAAUAGAGAAACUGGCGCACACCUCCCUAAUGUGCUGUAAUAUUGGAUCAUUGGAGGCUGCAGUAAAGGUAAGGACGAUUGAUAUAUGUGAGGGUGGGGCUUCUGCGAAUGAAGUGCGGAACUUUGAGCUAUCCUGUUUAGGGGAAGUCCGAAUGCUGAGCGUCUUAAAGCAUUCAUGCAUUGUAGAAAUCUAUGGUCAUCAGAUAUCAUCCAGCUGGUCUAUGGCGUCUGAUGGAAACUGCGGUGGUCGUACAUUACAAUCUGCUAUAUUGAUGGAGAACAUAAAAGGAGGCUCCUUAAAGAGCUAUGUGGAAAAACUCUCGAGUGAUGGCGAGAAGUAUGUUGCUUUAGACGUGGCACUAUCUAUUGCAAGAGAUGUAGCGUUUGCAUUGACAGAAAUACACGACAAAAACAUCAUCCAUCGUGACAUAAAGAGUGAAAACAUUUUGAUUGACCUUGACAAAAAGCAGCAGGACGGAACGCCUACAGUGAAGAUAUGCGAUUUUGAUCGGGCAAUCCCUCUUAACUCUUACCUGCAUACUUGCUGCAUCGCACACUUGGGGAUACCUCCUCCCAAUAUUUGUGUAGGGACUCCUAGGUGGAUGGCUCCCGAGGUGUAUGAUGCAAUGCAUACACAAAGCAUUUAUGGAUUGGAAGCGGAUAUUUGGUCGUUUGGCUGUCUGCUUCUGGAAUUAUUGACAUUACAAUUCCCUUAUUUUGGAGUGCCAGACACCGAAAUUCAUAAUCUUCUGCAGGAGGGAGAGCGACCCAAAAUGACAGACGAGCUGGAGGCAUUGGCUCAAUCCAUAGAGGAGCUUGAGACGGAGCCUGAAACCCUCAGAUUUCUCUGUAAACUCUUCCAUCAGUGUACAGAAAAGAACCCUGCUGAUCGCCCAUCAGCAAAGAAAAUCUACGAUGCGUUGCUUACGCAAAUGAGUUCAGCUACUUGCUCGAAGAGCUCAGACGAAUAAUAGUUCUUUUGUGGGAGAUCUGUUCGCUUAGAUUUCAAGAAUUUUGUAGUUCUUUGAUAUUGCGGGACUAACAACAUUUAGCUGAAUUACACGGAACUAGGAUUUUUGAAACUUGAUUCCAUACAUAAUUAGUUGUAUACUUAUCAAAAUCACAUUAUGAUUAAUGUAACUUCUCUAUGAAAUUUUGAAUUUUGAGUA